GGGGUGGUAAAAAAGUAACAUUGCGAUUUUCGUUGUUCCUUGCAGAACGAAGUGGGACGGCACUCUGCUGGUCCCGGCUGCCUCGGGUUGGCCUAUUGGAAUGGAGCUAUUCCCGAGAAUGCGUUUGCUUUGCAGUUCCAAGUAUAGGCAUGGCUAUUUGGCAACGAUGUGCUUGCUGUGCUUGAUCGCCUUGCUCUAUUUUGAGCAGAUUGCACCGGCUGGGUACAAUACCUUCUUCUCCUGGGGAGUACCGUCUAUUUCUGAGGGUGAGGAUGCCGAGGCGAUGAAGAGCACGUUCGGAGGGAAUGCAGUCAAUGACCACUGGAACGCUUCUGAGAGAGCAACUCAGAGGGAUGGCCGCUUUCCGAUUAAGGAUGAAGGAUCAGUGGACGUUUGGACAGCUCGUCAAGUGACAGGUCAGCAGCUCCCUCGUCCUGUGGAACAACGAGCUGUGCAGAACGGCGAAGAAGAGAAACGGCGUGAUGCGAUGGGGCACAGUGUGAGAGGUGGUGGUGUAGAAGUGCAUGAGAUGGCGGCCAACACACCCUCGCGCAAUGUAACAGGGCCGGAUAUGAGGAGUGGCCAUCCAAGACGCGCCAGCACGAGUGACGACCGCGAAAAGCAAAAAGCAACGGGUCGUGAUGCUGGUCUUGUUGGAGUAUGCCUUGUCGGAGGUGCACGGAUGUUUGAGCUGACGGGGCCAAGCAUACGGUUGAAUCUUCUCAGUGUUUUCCAUAGGCCUGUCGUAUUCUUGCAUGCUCCGUUUGACGAGAACGCUCACAAGCUCUCGGAGCUAAUUCUCCCACCCAAAUAUGGCAACGCAUCUGGAUCUGGCGAUGUGCUGUUUGGUGGCGCGCGCAUCUUCACACCCAGCUGGCUCGCUCUUGAUCCUGCUCUUUCGAAUCUCCUCUCAUCCAUGGGGUCGCCUAUGGGGAUUCAGGGGCUGUUGCAGUACUUCAACCUUGUGGAGGGCUGCAAUGACCUCAUCGAGGGCUACGAGAGGAGGCACGGUGUUCAGUUCUCCUGGAUUGUACGUGGACGGCUUGAUACGUUUUGGGUGUCCCCUCUUGAACUCAAGCUGGAAACGUUAGAUCCCGCAAAGUACUAUGUUCCGUUUGGGUCGAGCUGGCGUGGUUUGAAUGACCGUUUUAGCAUUGGGAGCAGGGUGACCAGCCACGUGGCCUUUGCCCGAAUGUCGGCGUUGCGGAAACUGCACGAGCGUGGUCUCAAAGGGCUGAACUCUGAGAUGGCGCUCUGGUACCAACUUAACGUUAGCAAAGUGGCAAUCGGUCAGCUGACGAAUGUCCCUUUCUGUGUUCUGAGCAGACGAGAAUAUGAAUGGCCGCCCGUCAACCCUGUGGUGAAGGUGGGGAGUGUGUGGGCACUGAACGGUGUCAAGUGUGGACCUUGCGUGCCCGCUGUGCAUGAUUUAACAGAGCAUCUGGCGAGGUUCAAGAAACUCGAAUCUUACUGGCUACAACAAGAAAUGCGAGAUGUCGAGAUCUGUAACCAACGAGGUAAUUGGCCGCCGGAUUGGGAGGAGCUGUACGAUUCGGGCGUAGGGGAGCCAUAUGUGUCCCUGCGGAAACGUUUGAAACUGCGCUCGUUGACGGAAUGUCAGCACGAAGUGCGCGAUGCCAUCCGCAAGGUGGAAAGCUGGGAUGGACCUGGGGAGGAAUCGCUGUGCGCCCGGGGAAGGAUGGGUAAACAGGUUUAUAUUUCCCUCCCCCUGGGCCGACGGUGGCCUAUUCUUCGUGAGCAUCUCUGGAGGGACAGUGUAGUUUUCUCAUUCGACUUACAAGGUGGGGACUGGAAGAGACUAAAGAGGCUUGCUAUCGGUAUGGAAACCGUCGAGUUAACUUCAUUAACAGAUGAACGAUUCAGAGAGCUCUGGAAAACUUACAUGUUUCCGCCUUUUGAAGGAGGGAAGACCGGAUUUCCUGCUUCAGAGAGUACGGAGGACACGGUUGUAAUCCAGAGGGGACAAUGUGUGGAGAGUUUGCUUCUAGCUCGAACAGGUCGAGGCGUGGACAAGCGAGCGGCAGUGCUGCCUCUGAAUAACCGCGGUGCUUCAAAGAGGUACACAACUUCUAAAGACCUGCUGAGAUCUUUCCUAACUCCUGUUUGUCUUCAGCUACUUCUUCGGGAGUGGAAGCUUCCUGUUAUGGACUUGCUGCAUGUAAAUAUAGGAAGAGGGGUAGCACCAGAGCAGAUUGAGAGCUUUCUGAGUGGCCAGGAAGGAGACAAAUCGCAACAGAACAGUUCAACUGGGGUAGGAAGCCUCAAGUUGCCCGUUUGCCAGAUGAUAGUUGAGUUUCCUUAUCGUAAGCUAGGGCUUCAGGGUGAACGCUGGGAAAAGGACAGACCUGUUAUUGCGGCUGAAGGAGGUGGGGAGACCAAAACCCGCUUUCUGAAUAUUGUCGAACGCUGGGGUCUGGUUCUUGUCAAGUGCGAGCCAGUUGCUGAAGGAGACGUGACCUUGGACACGUGUUUGUUUUUCUCCCCAAAAUAUUGUGAUUUGACCCUCAGAAGAAGACUCUGACGUUAACUCUAUUUCAGAUUUCCCACUACAGAUGAUGGUUAGCUGCAUGCAAUUCUGCAUGCAUGACCAUAACCCUCUCUCUCUCUCUCUCUCUCUCUCUCUCUCUCUCUCUCUCUCUCUCUCUCUCUCUCUCUCUCUCUCUCUCANUCCUCCGCUGCUCCUCUGAUCCCACCCUCUGCCUCUUCCCCCUCCUCCUCCCCUCCCCCUCUCCCCUCCUCCACCGCUCCCCCUUUGGCGCUCCCUUCCGCCGCUCCCUCCAUGCAUGAUUGAUUGAUGGAUUGAUUGAUUGACCGAUUGAUUGAUUGAUUGAUCAGUCCCGCCCGACUACCUCCGCGACCAGCAUCCAAAAUCAAAUCGAUUAUAAUCG